AUGGGCGUGGUGAGACACUCUGCUAUUGAGAAAGAGCAGCAUUUAAAAUUAUUUCGAAAUAAUUUACAAAUGCUUUGCAAUUACGAUUGGGUGCCGAUUCCCCUCGCUUAUCCUCAGCUGGUUUUCUUAGCAGUAUACGUAUAUUUUGCUAUUUGCUUGAUAUCUCGUCAGUUUAUCGUGAAUAAAGAAGCUGCGUCAAAAACGAGUGAUGUUGAUCUUACUCUGCCAUUUGUUACAAUGAUGGAAUUCCUCAUUUUUGUUGGUUGGAUGAAAGUAGCUGAAGGACUUUUAAAUCCUUUCGGUGAGGACGACGACGAUUUUGAAUGCAAUUUUCUUCUCGAUAAGAAUUUAGCUGCAACUCUUUACGAUAUAUUUCAGACAGCGUUGUGUAUAGUCGAUGAGGCAUCAAAUGAUGCACCUGAAUUAGCCAAGGAUCAAUUUUGGUCAACAAAAGAAAUUGAACCAAUUUAUUCAAAAGAAUCAGCUGCAGAAACAAUUAAUCCUCUUGUUGGGUCCGCGACCCUUUCAAACAUUUCAGGUGAAGUGGACCAAGGUACAAGAAUGGUUGUUCGAAAAUCGAUCGACAUAUCAAAUGGUACUAGUAGUAUUCAACAUUCUCCAUCUGGUCGCACUUCGAGAAAAUGGAGAUUAGGAAGCAUUGUUGAUCGUUUCGGAUCUAUGCGAAGGUUUGCCUAA